AUGGAUUCUUUUAAAGGGGGUAUGAAUCUGGAGAGAUUGCCUGAAAGUUUAAGACCUCAGCCGUCUCAUGACAUGGCCUCCAACUUCCACUUGCAAAGAUCAACUGAAACUAGAGAUCCAAUUGAGAAUUCAGCCAGUGAAUCAUCUGACACUGAACUAGCAGAAAAAGACAGGAGUGGGGAGCCAAAAAGUGAAGAUAGCAAUGUGGAUGACCCAUCCAAGAAGAAAAAGCAGCGGAGACAGAGAACUCACUUCACCAGCCAACAACUACAGGAACUGGAGGCCACCUUCCAGAGGAACCGUUACCCUGAUAUGAGCAUGAGAGAAGAGAUAGCCGUGUGGACAAAUCUGACAGAAGCCAGAGUCAGGGUCUGGUUCAAAAACCGCAGAGCCAAGUGGAGGAAAAGGGAGCGCAACCAGCAGAUGGACCUAUGUAAGAAUGGCUAUGUCCCUCAGUUCAGCGGUCUCAUGCAGCCCUAUGAUGACAUGUAUGCAGGAUACCCAUACAACAACUGGGCUACUAAAAGCCUGACCCCUGCUCCACUGUCUACCAAAAGCUUCACUUUCUUCAACUCAAUGAGUCCUUUGUCUUCUCAGUCCAUGUUCUCUGGCCCAAGUUCUAUCUCCUCAAUGAGUAUGCCAUCUAGUAUGGGGCACUCUGCUGUACCUGGCAUGCCAAAUUCAAGUCUAAAUAAUAUCAAUAAUCUUAAUAAUAUCAGUGGGUCUUCACUCAACUCAGCUAUGUCUUCAACAGCAUGUCCAUAUGGACCUCCUGGCUCCCCAUACACGGUUUAUAGGGACACCUGUAAUUCCAGUUUGGCCAGCCUUAGACUUAAAUCCAAACAACAUUCUACUUUUGGAUAUAGCAGCUUACAAAGUCCUGGAUCUAGUUUGAAUGCUUGUCAAUACAACAGCUGAUGGAACGGGCAUCAAACCACUGUGGCCUGCGGACUUUUGACUUUGAUAAAGGACCAGAAACGUUUUGCAAGAGACACAAAGACCUAAUACACAUGGAUAAGUUGCAAUCUUCUCUCUGGAUUAUGCGGGUUGUAUGUACUUGAACUUGCACAGGAUUUUCCAGUGUCCACUUUAUAGAGAGCUUUAGUGGAGGUAAAGUCUUCAUAUCAAAAUUUUUGGUAGUCAUCAAAGAUGGGGGAGAGAUAUUGUGGUCUACACUGAGACAUGUGAUAAUUUACCACUGCAAAACAGGUAUUUGCAGAGGAUGACUCUAGGGGGAGAUGUGGGAGAGAGGAAAUAUUAAACUAUUAGGUAUUAACAUAAUAAGGGUUAACCACUUAAAAAGGUUAUAUGUAAAUAUAUAAAUAUAUAUCUGCAGCUACAUGGUGUCCAAUGAUUGUGUGCCACAAUAUAAUAAACUGGUUCUAGUGCAUGGAUCUCAAUGGUUGUCCAGAGAAAAUAAUCACUUAUUCGUUUAUUCAUUCCUCCUGUAGAAAGAAAACACCCUCAUAUUCCCCAGAACCAUCCCAGUGAUCAAACUAAAUGCACAGCAUUGCCUCCAUCACUGGCUUUUCCCACUCCAUCUGUAUUUAUCGUAUGCUUUGAUCAGUCUUAUUUAUCUGCAAUCUCUUUUAGCUCCCCAUGUAUCUUUUAAAUAUGUUAUGUAAAAUAAAUUAAAUAAACCCAAGUACCUACUAGUGUGACAGUGUAACAGUUGAGCCUUUGAAGUCAAUUUGCUCACCAAUAACAAAAGGUCAGUGCGAGACAAAGCAAACUCUGGUGUAGCGUUAAUAGUGGUUUGUUGGUUAAUUCUGAUAUUUUAAUACUGGCAAAGCAAUGACUAUUCAGUCAGAUAUAUGUCAAAGCUCUUUCUUUAAGAAAACUCCAUGUAAAAUGCACACAGUGCCCCUUAUUCUCUCCCCUGCUCCCCUCCUUCUCCUCAGUGUAUUGUACACCUGUGAUAACCGUAA